UGUGACGAUUCCGUUCCCGGCUCAGUAAUAUUCUCCCAGUCGGGCUGUGCAUAGCUUUUGCAGUGUCUGUGUGUGUUUGUUACUGUAGUUACUGCCUAUAGUUUGGUUAGCUAUGGAAGGAGACGGGAGUCAAGUUACAUCUGGAAGCCCAAAUGAUUCACAACAUGACCCGGGUAAAAUGUUUAUUGGUGGCCUCAGCUGGCAAACCUCACCAGACAGCCUUAGAGACUAUUUUAGCAAAUUCGGAGAAAUAAGAGAAUGUAUGGUGAUGAGAGACCCCACGACAAAACGUUCCAGAGGAUUUGGAUUCGUUACGUUUGCAGAUGCUGCCAGUGUAGAUAAAGUCUUAGCUCAACCACACCACGAAUUAGACUCAAAGACGAUUGAUCCUAAGGUUGCCUUCCCCCGACGCGCUCAACCCAAGAUGGUCACAAGAACAAAGAAAAUAUUUGUGGGCGGAUUGUCAGCCAACACAGUGGUGGAAGAUGUGAAGCAGUAUUUUGAACAGUUUGGGAAGGUAGAAGACGCCAUGCUUAUGUUUGAUAAAACGACUAACAGACAUAGAGGAUUUGGCUUCAUAACUUUCGAGGGCGAAGACGUCGUAGAGAAAGUCUGUGAAAUUCAUUUUCAUGAAAUCAACAAUAAAAUGGUAGAAUGUAAGAAGGCCCAGCCCAAGGAGGUGAUGUUCCCACCAGGCACGCGAGGGAGGGCCAGGGGCCUGCCCUACACCAUGGAUGCCUUCAUGCUGGGGAUGGGCAUGCUGAGUGAGUAUGGACCAACACUACUCCAGCACAGUCCAGCACAUUACUCAGUCCCACACGGUUACCCGAACAUUGUGGCAACAUACGGUCGUGGAUACACUGGAUUCACCCCCAGUUACAGCUAUCAGUUCCCUGGUUUCCCGGCGACGGCGUACGGACCGGUGGCGGCAGCGGCGGUGGCAGCAGCGCGUGGCUCAGGUAGGGGGGCCCGAGGAAAAGGCGGCUACAUGGCGUACCCGCAGAACACAGGGCCAGGCUUUCACGAUUACGGGUUUUACUCUGCGCCCAGUGACCAGAGGGGGGCGCCCUGCUCCUUUGCGGACUAUGGCUCCCUGGGGCCCCAGGCGGCUCAGAUGCUGCACAGUGAGCAUGCCACCUCCGCCUGCAACUCCCCCCUCCAGCACCUGCACAGCCCGGAUCAGUUUAAGAGCCCAGGGGGAAACCCAGCUCGUCCUGGAGGCUUCCCAGGUGCCAACAGCCCAGGGCCUGUAGCCGACCUGUACGGCCCUGGAGGCCAGGACUCCAAUGUGGCUAACUACAUCAGUGCUGCUAGCCCACAGGCUGGCUCCGGCUUCGGCCACAGUAUCGCACAGAGUCUAUCUGGUGGUCCAGGGAAGACAGACCGAACCUUCUAAUUGGCUCUGUGUACAGGUGAUGUCAUCCAACUUCAAGCACUACAGCAUCACCCAGGAGAAAUGGUGGAACCACAUAAAAAAAAAUCAUCUCAGAAAGGAAAGAAAACUGCUGUACCAUAAUCCAAACCUGUAACCUGACAACCUGGUUUGUUAUGACAUUUCUUGAUGAUUUCAUUCACUCUUUUUCCUUCCUUUUAUUAGUUGUUUGAUUAGCUUUACAGAGAGGCAUUUUGGUUUGAUCCUAAUUAUUUGUGUCAUUUUUUGAUUUUCUCUUGUAGUGUAUGUAUGUAAAUGGAUAUGCUUCUCUCUUUCGGGGGUCAUAGUCGAGAAUGUACGAAGUAAUGUGUUCACAUUUGGUACCAAUUCGUUUAAUCAAAAAAGAUCAGAGCUUUAGGUGUCUUUUUGCACAUAAAAGAAAUCCAAAGUGGAAAGUCUUGGAAAAAAACAUCAAUUUCAUUUCAAAUGAAAAUUCGAGAGGGUAACUAACUAAUAAAUCUUAGUAGCUGUUUUUAAUUAUUGUGAUGUCUCAUUGUUAACCAUAAUUACCUAUUUUUGGGCAAUACAAAGAGGACUCCAAUAUUUUUAUGGUCCUUUUUUACAAGUGGUGUUUUUGUUGUUUAGAAAGAAAUAUGUAUACUAUAAAACAUUUCAUAUAAAUACAUUGUGAAUUCAAAGACUUAAGAAAAAGAAAUGUAACUGUAAAUACUAUUCCAGUCAUUGCAUAUAACCAACUCGAUGAGAGAAUAGCAUAUUUUUGUGAUGGUGUGUCAAAGAAAUGUUCUAGCGCGUGAAUAGGAAAAAUAGCUCUAAACAAAUACUAUUAUCCUUUACUGCUCAGAGACAGUGACUACCCCAGUGAUGGACACAACACAUUUCAACACUGAUGGCUUGCUCUGUAAAUACUCAAGCUGAAUAACUUUACAAGUGUCAAACCAGUGCAUUUACAAGUGGUGAGUUCAGCGCACAGUUUUAAAAUGGAUAAAAGAUCAUCGGUAUCUUUUGUCUAACCAAGUGUUAUUUAAGAGAUCAAUAUUAUUUGAGUGAUCAUUUAAUCCAAAGCACACUGUACUUAGUGUUGAAGAAUAGAACUUGAGCCUAAACAUUUUACAGUACUCUGCGCAUCCAGACACUUUUAUACUCCUGAGAGAAAACCUCAACUUGUUGUUUGUUGUUUUGUUGUUGUUGUUUGUUUCCUCCUGCUUGUUCCUCUUAAGUUUGGGACUCCAUCAGUUCUCUGUUGAAGGAAUUAGGAAGGAAAACAUUUUGAUACCGUACCUCAGCCCUGUGAGUUAUACCUUGGAAUCGUUGAGAGGUUUCAUUUAUUUUACUGGCAAAUAGAUUCAAACAUUGAAUGGGGAAAAAAAUGUAUAAAUCAUUGCACUGUGAGCAGUAAAGAAAGAACAGGCCAUUUCCUAUUUGCACAUGUAUAUGUUGGCUAUUUAAAAUGGUCCUGUCUCUGGGGUGAAGUAUGAAGGAUUAUUGGAUGUUGCUCCUCUCUAGAAUAGGCAUACACAAACAGCUUGGCAAAUAGCAAUUAACUGAUUAAUUACUACCAAUGUGUUGUGGUCAUGUCUUUGGAUUUCAUUGUAUUGUGUACGCCAACUUCUAAUCUAAAAUAUUGAUGCUAUUUUAGAUCCAGCCAAUAGAAGACACUGAAUAAAUUAUUCAUCCUGGUAACCAUAGCUGCUGCGCUAAUUUCUUACACAGUAUGUGUAGGGACAGGUUUUGCUCAAUUAUAGAGACAUUUAACGACAUGCUUUAAAGUGCAGUAAGAUUUGUAAACAUGAUGAUGGAAUGAGUGGUGUAUAUUCUGAUGUACUUUUCCUGCUGCAAAUAUGUUUGACAAUUCAUUUCACCUGAUGUUUCAUUUCAUUAGCUCUUUGGUUCAGAACAACCAGGUGAAGAAAAAUGCUGGAUGCUUUUGAAUGAUGUGGAGAUAUGAUCAAGUAAUAAUUGAAAUGAGAAAACGGAAGAGAACCAUUGUAAUGUUCAAAUGUAAAAGGAAAAAAAGAAAUACAAAACUUUUUAAAAAAAGAAAAAGAUGCUUCUUCACUGAUUUCAAUUUUGAAUCAGGGGAUUUUAUUGAUAUUUUUGUGGUUACUAAUUGUAAUAUGAUAUUAUUAAAAUGUACUGUGCAUCCAU